GAUAUCCUGUCGUUGCGGGACAUCUGUCUGACGGAGCAGGAGGUGUGGGCGGUGUGUGUGGAGUGUGUCCUGGCUCUGCAGAGUAUCGCCCCAUCGCCCCUGUUCCACACCUUGUGCAUCACGCCCGACACCCUGGCCUUCAACGCCCAUGGCAACGUGUGCUUUAUGGAGCAGCUCAGUGGUGAGUCAACACAGUUCAACAAAGCCCAACACAACCCUCCAUAGCUCAACACAGCCCAACACAGCCCAACACAGUCCAACACAGCCCAACAUGGCCCUCUCUACCUCACAGACGAUGAAGUCUCCCUGUCUAUUCAGGGUCACAUUCAUUAGGGCACACACAAACAUUUAAAAUGAUUUGCAACGGGAAACUAAAAUCAGUGUGUCCUAUUGGACAAGUCCAGGUAGUCCCUCCCUGUUUCAGUUAAUGUUCUACCAUUUGGUGCCUAAUGAACACGACCCAGGUCUAUCAGUUAUUCAGUGGAUUAUCUGGUGUUUCGUCCCAUACAGUACAUCUGUUAGUCAGUGGUGUCUGCUAUUGUAAAAGGCUGAAGCAGCACUCUCUCCACUGAUCAAUCUGUCUGAUCUGAUCCACCAUGGUAUCCUGAGGUCAUAGAUCAAUAUGUCCUUCCUAUGGGAAGUCAAAGGAUCAUGAAGAUCAGGGCCUGUAUUCAGGUCCCCCCUUCUAUUUAUUAUGAUUUAAAAGUUCAAACUGAUCCUAGAUCAGUACUCAUACUCUGAAAUGCUUUAUGAAUAGGGGCCCAGACUCUCCUCCCCAUGAAAAGUUUGUUUCCAUAUUCUCUUUUGGUCAGCAGUAUAUGUCUCAAACUAGAAAGUUACACCUGUUCCCAAAAGUAUUGAAAUGUAAAAUGGCUGCAUUUGCAAAAGAGGGCUGUCUCUUAAUAAAAAAAUGCUGAGCCUUUGUGUGAUUACAUCUGUGUGAUGUGAUUUUGCAGUCGUCUGCAGUGCCUGGUCUCAUUUGGAUGGAGAGGGUUGGUGAAACUGAGUCACAUCUUUCAUGUUCAGGAUACUCUGCCGCUUUCUCACUAUGGCUUGUCCCUCAGACAUUGUGAUAAAUCCUCUCCGCUAACAGACUAGCUUCUUCUCCUCUCAGCGAACCGCAAUCAUCUGUCUUUUACCAAACAGGGUUACGUCACCGCCUGUCACACUCAGCCCCGUUGUCCGUUCCACACAAACGUACACAGGCACGUAAACACACACACACGCGUAAGCAUGGACGCACAGACAUACAUGCGCACCAGAUGCUCACACACACACACGCACAAACCCAUGCACACACAUAACCAUUCAGGGAUAGCCUCCCAUUUUCCCCAUGGCAACAUCAGUAAUUGAUAAGCAUUGAUGAGCUCAACAGUGUCCACAUUGCCAAGGGGAUUGUUGCCCUGGUAACAGAUAUUCUGGCAGUCAGCUGCCUAUCAGUGCCUUUGACUCACCCUGGAUUCACAUUAGAAUAUAUUGCUAAUCACUAAUUGGGUUGAUUUGUUUUAGCCACAAUGAAAUACUAACCAGCACUUACAUGCCAAUACUACUUUUCUCCCCUGCAUUGAUUAGGUUUAAUUGAGCUUAGGAGCUUUUUCUUGAAUACUGAUGCAUGUGUGAGAUCAUCACGAGUCCCCUCAGGAAUUGAGCCUACAGAGUGACCUUAAGUGACCAGUUAAUGACCAGCAUGCAGCAGUGUAUAAGUCAUGGCGCAGUAUCCAUUCAUUGGUAGAAAAUAGCAUUACACUUUUAUGACACCUCGACCACAUUGUAAUAAAUGUUCAUAUAAGCACUCUCCAGUCUCAUCUGGGAGAAUAUGGGAGCCUUAAUUUAGGUCGUUUUUCUCAAUCAUAGUGUUAGGGAGCACAUUCCUUCACUCAUUGAGUUCACUGCAGUCUCCUUCCUAUGUGUUUGCCCCUCCUGUCAUAUCAUAGAGCCAGCUUACCUUUGAUCUGGCCGUAGCCUUUUACUGUUGAACCUCCUGAAAUAGCCGAAUAUUCUGUAUUCAGAAUGAGCGAAUUUGCAAUUGCCCUUUUUCAAUUAAACAUUUUGUAUAACCAAAUAAACCCAAACCUCUUAUUAACAACACUUUAUACAGGUAUUUCCCUGUUUACCGAUGGAUUUCUCAUUUUGCAGUAUUACAAUCCACUUACAAUACCUAUCGUUCCUUUCUCUUACCACCUCCGUUUCUCAGUCUUUCGACCUCUCCUCUCUUCUCUCCCUCUGUGUUUUUGUCUCUACCCAAUAGUACUCACUUCUCCUUGGACCGUUCGUUCUGACCCUCUGGAGUGUCUGACCUCCUCCUGUCUUGGAGCCCGUCAAAACUCCAGUAGUCAGAGACAGCCCCAAAUCUAGACCUGACCUACUUAACUGUGGUUAGAGGAGGCUGAGGGCGGGCGGCUUUAUCCCUGCUUCCACCCCAGCACAAACACUGGCCUACUUAAGACUGAAGAUGCUCCGCAUCGCAACACCAAGGCUCUGAUCAGGAGAUAGCUGCAGUCUCAUUUGUCUGGGAUUGUCUCUGAGCUAAUUAAUGAUAUACAGUAUGAGUGGGUAGUUUCAUUGGCUUAGCACCCCAUAUUGUCAAUUAGGACUGAUACCAACACUACAUGUAAUCAAACAUUUAUUACACAUUUUAUUAACAAGUUGGAUUGUUGUGUGCUUAUUCUGCUGGACUGAAUUAUGUAGAUGACUGGUUACAAGUGGUUUCAUUGGCUUAGCACCUGGUCUUAUAAUUGGCCACAUAUUGUCAAUUAAGAUGGAAUAAUGUGAUCAAAUGUUGUGUGGAAAAAUAGGCCUACCAACACCACAUAUAAUAAAACAUUUAUUAUACAUAACUAGAUGUACUUUUGUAUGCUUGUCUUGCAGAUGACCCUGAGGGCUCGUUUAUACCUCCAGAGUUUGACAAGACUGGCAGUACAUUUGAGGUAAGUGGAUCCUUUCACUACAAAUGGCUACUUCACAGUAUGUAUUGCCACUCACUGUAGCAGAUGUUACAAUACAUUCUUGAAAUGAAGGGUUGAGAACAAGAAAGAAAACAACAGUUUUGAGGUGCCUUUCGUUUUUCCAGGCCUUUUUCUAAUAUUUUCUUAUAUAUUCAAGUAAGUGGAAUUUGGCAUUUAGAAGAAGACUUGCACUCUGAAAUAUGUCCGCUAGAAAGGAAGUGAUAAGAUUGCUUCUCAAGACAUUCUCUUCCGUUUAUUGUUUUUACUGGACUUAAUAAAAUACACAAUACGGCAACAACCUUUCACUGUUGAAGUUCGUUGGAAGAACACUGUGCAUACACAUUAGUCCACCAUACUUAAUUUACUAGAAAUCAAUAUUACAUAAACGCUAUUUCAAAACAAACAUGAUGGAAAUCAAAGGAAUCAUAAUUAGCUUUAUGUAUAGCAGCAAAUACAGAGGAUAACAAUACGUCUCACUAAGAAAGUAUUUCACUCUCUCUCAUUACAUCUAUCUUUCUGUCUGAUUCACUUAUUUUCCCUCCCUCCACCACUCUCUCGUCUUUUGUUCACUUAUUCUCUAUCAGAUCUCCCUCUCUCUAAUUUCUUCCUCUGCGUUGUGUAGCCCCAUGAAUUGAUUUCCUGUCUUGACCACAUUUAUCAGUUGCUCAAUUUCAGGUUUAAUGUGUGUGUCUAUGUUUGUCUAAUGUAACUAGUCUUCCAAUGUACAUAAGUGCUCCAAGUGGAGCGACUGGGGCCAUAGAAAUACAAUUGAUUCUAGUAAUUCUAUUUCUAUGGCUGGGACCUGCUUGUGCACACAACGGGAACUCGACAUGACCUUUCAGCAGCUGGUGGAUUUAACAUGUUCUGGCUCUUUACAUGUUUAUGUGUUAUGUCUCACACAUUGAGAUCUGUAUCUUCCACCUUUCCCAUAUCCACCACAUAAGUAUGGGUUGCAUUCCUUUUAAUUGUUUGCAAUACGUAUCUUGUCCGAGAUUUGACCUAAAAAACACCUGGUUCAGAUUCAUUCAAGAGCCAACAUGUCAACCAUAAUUGCAACGGAGAGCACAAUUCCCCGAAGUAAAGCACAAGAGAAGACUGUCAAAUAUCUGCAAGUUACAAUGAUAGUUCACUGGGGUAAAAGUGUCUGACUUUUCAGCUAUCAGUCUCUUGAGGCUUACAAAGAGACAGGCUCUCAUGAAAUUCCCACUUAUGCGCUGUAAUUUCAUCUCCACUGACUCCUGGUAUUGUAGCCAAUGAUCCAAUGAGAUCCAAGGCAAAUAUGGAGAGAUCAUUAUGCGUUUGUUGGAUGAGGCCCCAGAAUGCAUUGCCUGCCAUGCAUAAUGGCUCGAUUACAACGAACAGGCAGAACUUAACGCACUCGUGCAUGUUACCGCUGGAUUUCUUAAAACACUACUAACGGGAGAUUACACGCACCUGCGGGCUAAACUUUGCUUGGUUGCAACAACAAAACCAAUAAGGAUAAACCAGCAGAUCAGUUGAUCUCUCGUUGUUACCGUGUCAAGCAAUUAUGAUACCAGACAGCUGGUCUAGAUUCUCUAAUCCCGCUCCCAAUUAAAUAUUGACCUAUCAGGAGCAUCGAAAACCAUAAGGCUGAUGAAUGUAAAGAAUAUAGAAGUAGUAGGCCUGUAUUUCAUUCAAACGUUUCACUUUAAAUGGCAAAAUAAUAAAUGCCAUUUGAAUUAACUUUAGUUUAAGUUUAAUUUAUUUAAACCAAAGAAAACAAGUGAUAAACAACAAUAAAGAUGAAAACAAAUAAUUUUCAAAAAACGGUGUGCAUGUGUGGUUGGAAGCCCAAGGGCUUAUAUGAAAACCACACCACAAAAAAAUUACCAACAAUACAUAAGUACAAAAAUAAAAAAGGUUUGUUAAAACAGAUAACAAAACCUACUAAUUAUAAAUGUAUAAAUUAAUACUAAUUACAAAUGAAUUGAUCAGUAAUCACGAAAAAAAAUUAACAGUAUUUGUUUUGUUUAAAUGUGUGCGUUCAUGUGAGUGUGUGAGAGUUAGGCUAUAUGGAGGAGAUUACUGAGUAGUUUGGUUCAUCAGGCUGACCCCCAGUCUUCGCUUGAAGUUAUUGAGCGAUGAUGAUGUUUUGGCAAUGUGAAGAUAAGAAUUCCAGAGUAUGGUACCUCUUUAUCUGAUAGAGAAUUUACUAUGUGAGGUGCGGCAGUGGGUAGGGUGAAGGUUAUCGCAGUGUCUUGUGCUAUAUAGAUGGAUUUCAGAAUUAACCUGGAAGAAUCCAUUGAAAUGUAAACUGUCUGGGAGGUAUGAGUAUUUGUAGAUAUAAGUGCAUAAUUGGCGUACAUUAAUGUCGUAAAUAGACAAGAUAUUGAGUUUCUUAAACAAAGGUGCAGAUGGAGCCAGGUAAUUAGAGGAGUUGACUAGGAUUGCAAAUGUAGUUUGUAUGAUGAGUCAUUUGUGUAGGUAGGAGGCAUAUGUACUGGCCUAGACAAUAUUACAGUAAAUGAGAUAUGGGUAAAUUAAGCUAUAGUAUAGAGUUAGGAAGCAAGCCUGAUGAACCAAACCACUUAUCGGUCUUAUGAUACUAACAGAUUUCAUCACUUUGCUGCAGACAAAUUGAAUAUGAUCUGUCCAGGAUAACUUUUCAUCAAUUAGAACUCCAAGGAAUCUAAUGGAUGUGACUUGUUCCAUUUCAUUCCCACUAAUUGAGAUUCUGGCUCUUUAAUUUUUUUUUUUUUUUUUUUUCUUAUUCUGAAUAGUGAAUAGAAUAAAGUUAGAUUUUUUUACAUUUAAAGAUUAUUUGUUUAUCUGGAACCAUUCAGAAAAUUUGACCAUGCCUGAGUUGACUUCAUUAAUUAGUGAAUCCACAUUUUUGUGGGAUAAAAUCUAAUCUAAAAUCUAAAUCUAAAAUCUAAUUGGUAUCAUCAGCAAAAAUCUAAUUGGUAUCAUCACUCUCCUGAGUGGCGCAGUGGUCUAAGGCACUGCAUCGCACUGUGCCACUAGAGAUCCUGGUUCGAAUCCAGGCUCUGUCGCAGCCGGCCGCGACCGGGAGACUCAUGGGCGGCGCACAAUUGGCCCAGCGUCGUCCAGGGUAGGGGAGGGAAUGGCCGGCAGGGAUGUAGCUCAGUAUUGAUUAGGAAUAACAAAGGACCAAUUAUCAAACCCAGUGGCACGCCACAGGAUAUCUUGGCCCUGGUAGAUGCAAAGCCGUUUGCAUAAACAAAUUGUUCUCUAUCAUAAACAUAACUAUAUAACCAAUUAUAUGUAUAAUCAUGAAUAAUAAUGCAAUUUAGAAAGUAAUAUUUCAGCCAUGUCAAACGAUUUGGAUAAAUCUAAAAAGGUGCCUAGAGCGUAUUCAUUGUUGUCAAGUGCUGUAAAGAUUUUAUCCACCAGUUGCAAAAGAGCCAUGUCUGUGGAGUCGUUUUUACGAAAAACGUAUUGGUGCUCAUAUGGAAAACAGGGUUGAUUUAAAUGUUUCAACAUUCUGUUAUAAACCAUUUUUGGGGGAUUAUAGGAAAACAUGGUAGUUCAGAUAUUGGGCGAUAAUAUGUAAAAGAUCUUGGAUCCAUAGAUUUAUGGAGGGGGAUAACUUUCAAUUUUCAAGUCUUUAGGAACAAUACCAGUUUGCAUAUAUUUAUCUAUUUGACAAUUACCCACAGUAGAUAUGCCGUGGUAAAUUAGGAAAUACUUUAAUACUGUAAGGAAUGAUUGUCAAAUAGAUAAAUCGCCAUUAGUCUGCCCAUAAAGUAGGAAUAAGUUGUUCCCUUGAUAAUACCAACCAGAAGGUGAAAUAGUCUUGAAAAAUGUUGGCUGUAAUCAAGACUAAAAGAUAACCUCAACAUCCACGUUAGGGAGUGGUAAUGUUGGUUGCAAUUGAGAUCAGCUGUGCGGGUUAUUUUAGUGCGUAUUGAUUGUUUAACGAGAGAUCAGCUGGCGAUAUUCUAGUGGCUUUCGAUGGUUGCUAUUGGCCUAAUGGAUCUGAAGGGGCUCAUAUUAGGGAGGAACAUGGCCCUGGCCUUGGCCUGGCCUACUGCAGCUUUAUUGACUUCAUAAAGGCCUGAUGAAUUACUUCCUCAACCAAAAGCAUGCCAACUAGGCCUAGUUUCCAGCAAGACCCCACAGAGAUGCCCAAAGGACUUGUGCUGCAUAUACUAAUAAAUUGAGGUUGUCAUGGGACAGUAGUGAUUUAUGGCUUCUUUUUUAGUACAUGAGCUGCUGACAUUAGAUAAAUGACACAUAUUUGAGGUUUUAAUUCCCAUAUGGUUUAAGGUGAACAUGUCCAGGCAGUGUAAACGUGUCUAAGCAGUCUUAUUGUUUUUUAUAUGAUAAACAAUUGUAGUGUGGUGGAUGUUAUGGGUCAGUUUGAGGUCAAUGACACUCUGUAUCUCCUCCAGGGACAUGUGUACUCUCUGGGCUCCACCCUCUCUGCCGCAUUGGACUUUGUCAUUGAGCCAGAGCUGGAGGCAGAGCUGGGGGAGGAGAUUCAGAGACUGCUGGAGCAGAUGCAGGAGGAGGGGCCAGAGGACAGACCACUCCCCCAGGUAAUAUCACCAUCAUGGAUGAACUUUAAUGGAGUGCUGUCUUUACGCUCUUAUUAUACAAAUUAAGUGGCUGCGAUUCCGAAUUCUCUGCAAGCCUCUUCCCAAUAGCAAAAAGUCCAAAGCUUCUGUGCAUGUGCGGAAUUCGCUACUUUACGCACAGUCUCUGAUCUACUCGUUUGGCUGCCCAGAGAACAGGCUACCAACAGGCUACCAACAGGCUACCAACAGGCUACUCUGGCGAAUUUCAGUGAUGAAUGGAGAAUGGUGCUCAUUUAAUAAAGUUAGAUCAAAGCUCAAUCAAUGUCUGUAAGAUCACAAAAUGAUAGUAUUCUACAUAACAUAAGUAUUCAAACCCAUUGACUUAUUCCACAUGGUGUUGUGUUACAGCCUGAAUUCAAAAUGGAUUACAAUUAUUAUUUUUCUCACCCAUCUACACACUAUACCCCGUAGUGACAAAGUGGAAAAAUGUUUUCAGAAAUGUUUGCAAAUGUAUUGAAAAUGAAAUACAGGUAUCUCAUUUACAUAAGGAUUCACACCCCUGAGUCAAUACUUUGUAGAAGCACCUUUGGCAAAAUGAUACAAGAGACAUGACAUACUGAUAUGCAACUGUAAUGGAUGUGCACAGACAGUGAACAUGAGCAGCACCGUGUGGAGGAGCAAUGACAGUGCAAUGCAGAUAGGUAGUGGUGGGAAGUUCGGCUAUUUUUACUGACUCUGAUCUUUUCGACUCGUUCAGUGAAAAGAACAUAUCUUUCGACUAAUUUUGUUCAUUUGAGUCAGUAAUGCCCAGAGCACGCAGGACCCCCCUACCGGUGAACGAUGAACUGAAAACUCAAAAGAUGAUUCUACAAGCCUGCCGUUCACAUCUCGUUCACCAUAGUGGGCUUAUUGGAGCUGUCAUUUGUGACUGCUUUAAACAAUGUACAUUUGCUGAUUGCUAGGCAUACAAAUACGAUUAUUUCUUGAUACAUUUGAAACAAGGUCUAGUUGUGGCCGCAACCGGACUAGAUUGUGAACGACUCUUGGCAGAAUGCAUUGCUUGACUGCUGUGAGGGUGAUAAGCACAAUAUCAUUUGUGAACUGCAGUCCCCCCAAACGAUUCGUUCUCAAGUUCGAGAUUGUUGAGCAGAGGUGGUGUAUGUUUUGGUUCUAUAAAGCUGUGUCCAUCAUAACAUUCAAUAAUCAAUUAAUUGAAUUCAUUCUUGCACUAUGCGAUCCAUUAUUAGUUCUAAACAUUCUCUAUGUUGCCUGCUGCAUGAUCUAUUGUCCUGUGCGCAUAUAUGACAGACAGUUAUUGGUCGGAGCAGAGCACGUCUCUAGAUCCUCUGAGCAGGAGGAGAGUGAAUCAAUCCUGCAGUAGGACUUAUUGGGGCCAGCAGGUCAAACGAACGACUAAAAUCACUAGUCAUGCAUGAAACCAGAAUUCUGCCCAGGGGAUAAAACUCAAAUAUGAAGUUUACACCAGUUACAGGAUGUAUUUUCUUUUUUACAGGAUGUAUUUUCUUUUUUACAGGAUGUAUUUUCUUUUUUACAGGAUGUAUUUUCUUUUGUCCUCAACAAUUAGUCAUCAACAAUGAAAUGGCAAAAACUUAUUAAACCCCCUAAAGUGCAUAGUUUAUAUUUAUAUUAAUAUCAUCUGAACGGUACAUGUUAGAAACGUACCGUUUCGAUAUAAACCUAAACUUACCAUUGCGUCAUAAAGUAUGUACUUUAUGUCUAUGUUAGCUGAUAUAUUAUGUAUCUUCCCCUCAGGACAUCCUCUCCCUUGCAGAGGAAAAGCUAGUAGAUACCUCUUCCACAGCCCUGUGCCGGAAACUCUCUUCUAUAGGAAGAAGAGUUCUGUCAAUCGAAUCCGUCGCAACAUUUCAAGGUUAGCCUUUAGACAUGAGAUAUGUCUGUGGAUAUCGAUGUAAACAUACAUUUCUAUUGUAGUCCACUGUGGCCAUAACCAUACUACCUGUGUAUCCAUCCACAGAUGGGUGGGAUGGCUCUUGGGAGGCUCGAUGGCAGCAGCCCAAACCCAACUGGCAGCUCCACAAGAGCAUCAGCUCUGAGGACAGUAGCUCCAAAGACCAGGGCAUUGUCUCAGACACCACGGCAGAGAACCCAGACCUAAACGACCCCAACGGCCUUCACCGGCAUCACAUAUGUGGAGCCUGGGACUCCACCCUUUGGGCUGACGGUAUGGGGGAUGUGGAAGAGAAUGGAUGUGUCAGAGAGGAGGACAUGUUUGGUUCUCAGCUGGAUAGCAGAUCUCAGAACAGUUCUCCUGUACACCGGAGGGCUCAGGAGAGGGCUGGGAGGGUGAGGGGGGUUCUGAAUCGUUCCUGCUCCAUCCCAGACUCCAAUAAUCCCCCUGCACUCCCCCCCGCGCCGCACGGGGAUAUCAGUGUCAAUGUAUCGGACCUCACAGAGAUAGGAGCUGAGGAAUGCAUGGGGCACGGGUCUGUUUGGAGCAAGAGAGGGGACAGAGAGAAGGCCCCUUAUGAGUGCAAUGACUCCGAGCAAUGGGACUCAGUGAGAGACAGUGAGACAUUAGAAGGGGAAAGAGAUUCUCCCCUGCCCAUAUGUGGUGGUGAAACAGAUUCAGACAGUCAAAGUGGAACACGAGAUGAUCCCUCUUUGUCCCGCCCAGCUCAAGACCCGGACGUGUCGGUCGACUCUGCUUGCAACAUGACUUCAACCUCAAACCUUUACACUCCCAAUAAUCACAUGACUAAAAGCAUGCUGUGCCUCAAUGAAGAAUCUCAGGAUGAGGUGAGUUCAAGGCUUAGUUUCAUAUACUGUACACUGUAUGUAGAUUUACAUGCCUUUGUUUCAGGAAAGUUCUUGUUCACAACUCUUCGGAACGGUUUCCCAGACCCAGAUUAAGCCUAUUCCUGAACUAAAAAGCACUUUCGGUGGUGAUUUUUCAUUGAGCAUGGUAUUUUGUCCAGGACUGGCUUAAUCUGGGACCGUUAAACUGGCCAAGAGGGAAAUAAAUGUUAACAGUGCUUUUUAUUGAUUGUGACCUAGUGGAUCUCUCUGAGGGAUCUACUCACACGAAGUGGGCGGAGACUGUCUGUGAAUGAGCUAUGGGCCCUGUGUCAUACCUGCCUCUCCACACUGCAGACCUACAUAGACUACCCAGGUUGGACUCCUCACUUCUUCAGUUAACCAACCACUGAUUCUCUGUGUAAACCAAUUACAUUAUUUACUAAGCAGUAAGCAUCCAAUCCCUCACCUUGUCUGGUCUCUGUAAACCACUUUGCUGUUGAUGAAAUUAUAAUGGGAAAACGUCACUAUGGCAGUGCCAAUAAAUCAUUUUAAACGUUGUUUAGUUUGACAUACAUGUUAUGUAAUGUAUUAACCUCUUACUCUUCUUUCAUAUUCUUUAUUUCCUUCCUGAAAGCAUACCUAUGCCUGGAUACAAUGUAUGUGGGUUGUGAGGGAGAAGUUCUCUUCUUGAAACCUAAAAACACAGGUAUGGCUCUUUUUGCUUAUAGGGUACACGGUAGUCAGCAAUUGUCUCUGGUUGGAAUGAUAAAGUUACUUCAGCACUUUCCAUUUAUUAUUUGUCUCUCUUUAUUUAUUUACAACUGUUGUGACUUCAAAUAUUCAAAAGUUAUCUUGAGAAAAGUGUCUUGAGUAAAGUGUCUGAAGGAACAUUCAUUGAAAUGUUGUCACAUUCAAUAAUUCAACGUGAAUUUUCCUCGUAGGAUCCUGCGAUGCAUUUUAUCUGGCGCCUGAAUUCCAGGAUCAUGGAAUCGUAACUGAAAAGGUUUGCCUCAACUUCUGACAUUCAUCUUUUAAAAUAAAACCUUUUUCUCCAUCAAGUAGAUGCUUUUGAUUACUGAUUAAGUGGGUGUCGUCUGUCUGUCUGUCUGUCCAUCUGUAUGUCUAUCUCUCUGUCCACCCGCCCGUCCUUCUGUCUGUUUUUAGGCCUGCGUUUAUGGGGUGGCUGCCAUCCUAUGGGCCACGGCCAAGUUCAACCUGUCAGCCAAUCAGAAGCUGGCUAUGCCCAGGAAGUUGAAGAUGCUGCUGCUGGAGAUGGCCAAGAGGACGCCCAUCGAGAGACCUUCCAUUGUCGUAGCUAAAAAGGUAGUCAGAGUUUCAGCUCUCAACCACUUGAUUGAAAGCACAUUCAUCUAUUCUUCUUUUGAUCAAUGUGUUAGUAACAUUAAUUACAUAUGUAACAUCAUUUAGCAUUUUUAAUAGCCGGCAAUCGUGACACAAUAUUAUAUUUUGUUCACCUUUUAAUUCAUAAAAGUGAUUGUAAUUAAACUAGUAACAAUCCAAUUAUCUCAAUUUGAAAGCAAAGUAUCUGUAGGACUCCCUGGAAAGCAGUGGCAAUUGUUACUAAGUGGACUAUCCUGGUUAAUUAAAUUAAGGGAAUGAAUGAAUGAGCAAAGUUUCUUUACUGUAAAGUGUGUUGCGAUUUUAUAUACACUUUAAAUUAAGUUUGAUUUGAUGAACAAAUUCAUUAAUGAAGGAUCUUAGGUGCUAAGGUAUACGAUUUUAAUGUAUUUUAUUAUGUUUCUGCUGUUACAGAGCUGUCGGGAUUAUCUAUCACGCCAAGGAACGAAUGCAGAGACAGUGUGGACGAAGCUGAUCAACAGAGUCCACCCGGUAUCACUCCACUGUACCACUGUAGCUACUGUUUGGCAGGGGUAGUGAGAAACAUACUGCCCCUCAGAGUGAAAGGGAGGACACAUUGCUAUUCCAUUAUUGUCUGUCGAGGAUAACUCCCUCCCUUACCUUUCAGCCACUCACAAAGGACAUUGAUGCAGAGGUUCAGAAUGGAUUGGACAGUAGAGUAAGCUCAAGUCAGGAAUCAACACGUAUCAAGAGUGGUAGGAUUAAUUAAUCUUUUCAGACAUUAUGUUCAUGCGAUUUCGUUGACCUUGCAUCUACAUACAGAUUUGUGAUCAUCAAAUGGUAUUGAUGUUGUAACUGAGAUUGUUGUAACUGUGUGUAGGGUUUGUGCCCAUGGCCACUGAGAGCCGAUUGGCUCCUGUACCUGGCCCUGUUCCCCAUAGCUAUCCAAUUAGCAGAGCACCCCAGCUUCCAGAGGCCUUCACCUCCCCUGCCACACACUUCACCCCCAUCGUCCUGACCAGGGAGGGGGACACUAAGGAAGAAACUCCCCUGCCUGCUUCAGACAUUGAGGGGUAAGCAGCAUGCCUCCUUUCUAUGGAGAUGAGAGCUACCAGUCAAGGAAUUAUUUCACACACUGUUGAUGUCUUUGCAAGGUGGAGCUUACCAUAGUUGCUUUAUUGAUUAUUGCAAAGAUGUCAUUGAAUUUUAGCGCUGAUUUCAAGAAUGCAUUUUUAAUUUUCACAUAAUUUUGGGUUCCAGGACUAUAAGUGAAGUCACAAGAGGCAGUGAAAUCCAGCCUGUGCAAGAGGCCAAGGACCGAGAAACCCUCUCACACCUUAAGGACCCACCCCUACCUCAGUCAGAUAGAGACCUACAGGACGACGGACAGGACAGCCCUGUCAAUCAAAGGAGCGUGGUCACACAUAACUUUUCCUCCACUGCCUAUAGUGGCAGGACAUUGGUCAACUCUCCACCUCCCACCUCCCCCGAACUCACCAACCAGAGGACUCCCGUUUCAGACCACACACUCCCUCCUCCGACCACCCAAUUGACUUCAUCUUUCUCUUGCCAAUCAUCAUCCUGCUCUCAUCUGACUGGUGGUGGUGUUUUCAACAACUUCCUCUUGCGUCAGGACCCUCUAACAGGGCGCUUAACCCUGGUGCCAGUGCAGAUAACAGUCCCUGAGUCCAUCCAUGGUCUGGAGCUCAAUCUGCCCGUGACCUCAAGCUCCAGCUACCUCCAGGGUCAGCCCACACAUCCAGGGGGCCCUAGAGACCAUCUGACCCCUGGCCAGGGAGUUGAACCUCUUUUGGAUUGCCUUAAUGGCAGCACCUGCAGCAGACCCUCAGACCCCACAGCGUCCAUGCCCCAUCCCCACAAUGGAGAAGGAGGUCCAAGGACAGGAGAAGGUGAGGGUGAACACCUAUCAGAGUCCCAUGGACCUCCUCAGGGAGACUCCCCUCCUCCCCCAUCCCCUCUGAUGAACCCUUCCCUACAGGAGGUUAUUGGCCUGCUCAGGGCAGAGUUUGCCUUUGAUGGCUAUCUGGAGAAUGGUGUAGAGGAUCUAGCAAUGGGUAAGUAACAUGGAGAUUAAUAUUCAUUCUCAUGUAGCCUAUGGCCCCAGAUCGGUUUAGACUGUUUUGACAACCGCUACGGUUCUUGUCACACCAGUUGGUAAGACCGCACAAACAGAUAUGGCACCAGGCUAGUAGCCCGCUAUCCCUGUUUUCCCCCCCAGUGAAUUUGGUUAGGUUAAUUGCUUUGUAGAGAGAUACUAGAGUUGUGUCAUUGAAGAGUAUGAUCACUGGUGUGAACUUGUAUGACAAGCUUUCUGUCUAAAAUCCUGUAAUUGAUGUACUGUCUCAUGUUUAUGUGUUUAAAGGGGAGUAUGUCCUGUCUCUGAAGGACCUACAGUACCAGACAUUCUGCAAUGUUGUGAAAGAGAAGUUCUGUGACCUUUACUGGGAUGAGGACUUAUUGGGAGUGCUACAUUGUGUGGUCAACUACAGCCAAUUCUCUCUGUGAGUAUGUCAAUGAUUGCCUGUUUCAUUGUUGAUCCAAACACAGGUCUUCUCUCAAUAACAGAAGCCUAACAGAAGAGAAAUGAUACAAGUGAAAAAGGAGUCAAACUUUCAUUUAUAUAGAUGGAAAGCAAACACUGAUCCUGUUAUUUUGGACAACACUUUCUAGUAACACUUUAAAGGGCACUGAACAUCCUGAUUUGGCCUCAUUUAAAAAAAUGUAUUAACAAAUGCAAGUGGCCAUGACUGAAGCCAAAAGAGAGUUGUCUUGGGGGUGUGGUUUGAUGUGGGUAUUUUUUGGUGGUGUCUUUACCAUUCAAUCACAACAAACAAGGGCAGUAGUGAGUAGUGACAACGAGGUAAGCUAAGCUAACUUUGCUACUGAGAGAAGUUUUGAAGUUGAGGACUUCUCCCCUCCUGACUGACUCGCCAAGCCUGUGCUGACCUUGUGUUAAGCCAAGCUGACUGCAGCUAGCUUUUUCUCUGUCAAAUCACAGUUAUGCCAAGAUAGCAAGAGCCAGUGUGUGGAAUGUGUUUCAUUAGACACUCGUUUUACAACACCUUGCUAUGGAAGUAGCUUGCGACUUAGUUUCAAAGUUUAGUCACGUCAUGUAAAGACAUGGUACAGUGGAAACUAUAUCAACUGCGAGUUGAAUGCCCGGUCUUCAGUCAGCUCAGCUGUCCUAUAACACAACAAUAUUCUAUAACUGGCUAGUUUUGUCUCUCCUUAUGUCCGCUGUUAGAUCUUUCCCGGGGGACAAAUCCCAGAAUUACUCAUAUCCCUACAGGUGUAGGCUACAUGUGGAUAUUGCACAAACAAACAUCGCCCAGCUUGAGUGUAGAUACAUUUAUCAACUAAAAAUGAAUGCGUUUGUUUGACAAAACAUUUUCUGCUGUAAAUAUCAUAUUGAUGUUCUUAUAAAGACAUUAUGCCGACACUUUACCUAGCAAAUGAAAAUACAGUGUGUGUAGAGUUCAUCUUCAGCUGUAUAACCAGAACUAGAAUGGCAUAGGUAUUCUUGGCCAAAUCUAAGGAUAUGUCUGUCUAAUCACACACUGACAUGCACAGCUCUCUGGGUGAGGUUCUGUCUUCAAGUCUCCAGUGGGUGAUGAAGUCCCUUCCAUCUAUGUCAUGUAUUAUAGGUUAUGGACAGGUGGAGUCAGGUGGCAGGAGGGGUGGAGUGCAUGACACUCCAUCCUGGAUAUGAAAGAGUUUGCCUCAACCCAUGGGUCCAGCAGGAAGAGUUCAAUAACUACAGGCAGAUGUGAGAUUCAGAAGGAUGGCACCGAUGGCAUUACUCACCCGGGCCCAGGAGUAGGCUAGUCCAUUGACAUAGUGGAAGGUGGCACCUCCUUACAACAUAAAGACACAUAAAAACACACAAAUCACAGAUUACAUUAUCAAUGGUGGUUAUGAUAGGUGAAUUCCAAGUGAUUGUAUUUGGAGCUUUGGCGAGAUCAAAUGUGACCAACCUGAUUCAAGUGUCCUCCAUUUCUCUGAAACGGGAGGGGCUCAGCCUUGUCUGUCAUCAUUAUUUUUGCCCUAGAGAAUACACAAUGUUGUUGUUUUGGUUUUGGGUUAGCUGAAGCCCUCGAAUGCUAGCUAGCUAGUUACCUAGCUUCCCUAACUCUGUAGCUAGCUAGCUUGGUAGCUAUCUAAUUUGCAAAUCUGACUUGAAAUUAGGUAACGUUCACUAGUUAGCUAGAUAGGUAACAUUAGCUAGCAGGGAUCUUAGCUAGCCAGUUCGAGUUGGAACAUUAUUGAAAGCAAGCUGGCUACAUCCUAUCAAACCUGAAAUGCCAAUGAAUAGGCUACAGUUAGCAAGAUCUGGCAUGAUAACCAAUCGAGAUCCCUCCACCUUGCUGUUGCUAGCAAGGUAGCUAGCUAGCUUGUUCACGUUAGUAAUGCAAAUAUUCCUCUGACAUUACAUCACAUUACACGUUAGGGAGAGGCUUUGUAUUUAGCUAGAUACAUCACAGUAUCAUAGCUAGCCUGGCUCGCUAGCAUUAGGUAGUAUAACCAACAUUUACUCACCAGUCACCAACAACACCAGUCUCAGUUUUAUUUUUUAUUUUUGUUGUACUUUUACCUAUUUUUCGUGAUAUCCAAUUUGUACUAACUGUAAGUCGCUCUGGAUAAGAGCGUCUGCUAAAUGACUAAAAUGUAAAAUGUAAAUGUAGUUACAGUCUUGUCCCAUCGCUGCAACUCCCCUACGGACUCGGGCGAAGGUCGAGAGCCAUGCGUCCUCCGAAACACAACCCUGCCAAGCUGCACUGCUUCUUGACACACUGCUCGCUUAACCCGGAAGCCAGCCGCACCAAUGUGUCGGAGGAAACACCGUCCAACUGGCGACCAGAGUCAGCUUGCAGGCGCCCGGCCCACCACAAGGAGUCCGUAGAGCGUGAUGGGACAAGGAAAUACCGUCCGGCCAAACCCUCCACUAACCCGAAACAACGCUGGGCCAAUUGUGCGCCGCCUCAUGGGUCUCCCGGUCACGGCCGGCUGUGACACAGCCUGGGAUCGAACCCGGGGCUGUAGUAACUCCUCAAGCACUGUGAUGCAGUGCCUUAGACUGCCAGUCUCAGGUCUGAAGGUUGACAGCAUGCAGAAGUAUUAGCUAGCAUUGGAUGUAAUUAAUAUCCUAACCAUCUGCACAAGAUUGUUGAAGAACUUUAUGGAAGCCCCAGUAUUUCUUGAGCAAUAUGUGCAUUGCACAUCAAGCUAUUGCCAAAGAUAACGGCAGGGGAAGUAACCACACCAUGUUGUCUGGAGAAGACUGUUUCUCUGUGCAUAAUCUCGAUUACCCACAAGUCAAAUUAUCUCAUGAAAGUUUGUAAUUUCCUGUUUACUUCUGGGGGGAAUGCCAUUAACAAUUGUGAUUACCUUUGUGCAAAGGAAGGAAGUGAAGUCUUGGCCAAACCCCGCCCUUCCGCUAAUUUCACCUGUGUUUAUCAUGACCAAAAAGCACAUUUUUGUUUUCAUGAUUUUUUUUAACAAUACAGCCAAUUUUGACUUUGUGGCUACGGAAUCUAGUGGAAACCGUUUAUUUUCCGCACACGGGCUUGCAAAUCACAGCACCAGUUUAAGCACCACCUUCGCCCAAUCCUGAUUCAUAAAAUAAUCAACCACAAAAACUCAAAACCAUGAAUUACUGCUGGUCGUAAUCACAUAAUUCUACGUGAGCCUUGACAGAUUCUCACUAUUUCAUCUGUCCACGAGAAUUGGUCCACGAGAGAUUACUCCGUGCAUGACAAUUCUCCCUAGGCGUUGCCACCAUGUGUUAAUACUUAAAACAUUGUUUUAGAUGAGACUGACUUUAUAACCAAAAUUAUCCUAUUUACACUUUGUAGUCAAUUUUGACACUAAAAUAAAAGUUUUGGACUCAUAACGAUGCCACAUAGGCCCUUUUCAAAAGGAGCAGUUGCUUUUUUGAUUCAGUCGCUCUUUAAGUUACACCCUUGGUUAAACAAAAGAUAAUGCCUGUGUCAUAAAACUGUCUUUAGCUGGAGGGGCUGUCAAUACUAUAAGAAGGAUUUUGUUCUCCUUAAAAGUAUUCUCUAUCAACAAGCUUAUCCAGUCAACAAGCUUAGUUUUACUCUCUGAGCAGGGGAGAAGCCCAAAAUUGGCAGUGUUUGUGAUUAGAAUGUUAAUUUCUCUCAUGUGUGUCCUCAACAACAUUAGGCACUUUAGAUGCUACAACCCCUCCCCCCUUACACACACACACACACACACACACACACACACACAUACAUGCACGCACACUCCACUCAUAAUCAGCAUUCACAGAAGAUGCACUUCAGACACACACUUCCACUCCCUCCGGCUUUCUCCAGCAAGAAAGGUCCCUAUGGUAACGCUCAUUCAGUUUUGUGUCUCGGAUUGCUUGCACCAUCUAAGUUUAUUGAUUCGUCUGCCUGAGAAAUAUAAGGUCCUUGGAGGGUUACAUGAAGAAGUGAAUAGACUGCCUUUUUUUCCUGCAGACAAGAAGAUAGGGGCAUGAGUGUGUGAGGAGAGUCAGCUUGUCAGUUACUGAGAAUGUUUCAUCUCAUGGUUGCGGUGCUGUUAACGGCUGGGGCAGUGUGUUGAGAUAAUUUUGUAUCUUCUGAGGAGAUGAGACAGACUGAAUCCAGCUUGGUCGACGCAAACAUCUUGAGUGGGAGAUUUAGCUGUCAGUUUGAGUAGCCUGUUCACUCUAGGUAGCUCAUUGGAGAAGUCCUGGUGCUGGAACACUUGGCUUUGGAUACAGACAGAAACCGCUUUGGAUACAGACAGUUUUGGACAACUCAACCUCAGCAGUCAGGAAGCUGCUAAGGAGCUGCUAAGGAUUGAUUUGUUUUGAUGGCUAAUUAUUGAUUGGUUUGUUUUGAUUAAUUCAUUUGUGUUGGCCUACUUAACUAUUUUAAUUGUGCCUGUGAGGACUGGGCUUGUCUCAAUUGUCUGUCUAGAUUUCUCAGAAUAUGAUUAUUUGUCUGAACUUUCAGUAUCUGCUGUGUUUUCGUAUUGACUGAGUUGUUAUUCCCACUAUUUUGUCUGCAUUGUUUAUGUUGUGUCUAAUUACUGUCUGUGAUGUUUUAAUGACUUUUCAGUCUGAGCUCUUAUAGUCUGCGUUCCGCUUGAUUGAAUUAGUGUGUUUUGCCUGUUUUUUGUCUGUGUUUGUUAUGUGUUUGUCUAGUCGUCUGUGUGUGGCUGAGAUUGUUGUGACUAGCUAUGACUGACUGGUGUGUUGUGAUUACUCUCCUCUCUCUCCUCUGGCUGCUGAUGUGCCACAUGCAGAGGCUCUAAUGAACAGUCUCCAUCAAAGCCAUGGCAAAGGUCAGCCACCUCACCCCUGAGUUCUGCCACCUGUAGAGCGGAGGAGAGGGAGGCACUGCAGUGUGGUCAUGUCAUCCUGAACGGCAACCUGCACCACAGUGGACCUGUAGCUUCAGACGCGUGGGAGAGAUUUGAGAGAGACCAGAGGGCCCUGUCUGCACACAGAGAAACAGAGACUAGACCUGAACAUAGAGAUACCAAAUCAGAGGAGGGUCAACAUCAUGGCUGCCCAGGUAGGAAAGGAAAUAACUUCACAACUUUCAUCACUGUUACCAUUACUUCACAACUGUUAUCACUGUUAUCAUUACUUCACAACUCGUCUCUGUUACCAUUACUUCACAACAAGGGGGUGUGAGGAUGAGGUGCUGUGGGAUUAUUUAAGAUACACUUUGAAGAGGUAGGGUUUCAGAUGUUUUCGGAAGAUGGGCAGAGACUCUGCUGUCCUAGCUUCAGGGGGAAGCUGGUUCCACCAUUGGGGUGCCAGGACAGAGAAGAGCUUGGACUGGGCUGAGCGGGAGCUGCCCUCCCAUAGGGGUGGGGGGCCAAGAGACCAGAGGUGGCAGAACGGAGUGCUCGGGUUGGGGUGUAGGGUUUGAGCAUAGCCUGAAGGUAGGGAGGGGCAGUUCCUCUUGCUGCUCCGUUGGCAAGUACCAUGGUCUUGUAGUGGAUGCGAGCUUCGACUGGAAGCCAGUGGAGUGUGCGGAGGAGUGGGGUGACAUGGGAGAACUUGGGAAGGUUGAACACCAGGCGGGCUGCAGCAUUCUGGAUAAGUUGCAGGGGUUUGAUGGCACAAGCUGGGAGCCCAGUAGUCCAGACGUGAGAUGACAAGUGCCUCGAUUAGGACCUGCGGCACUUCCUGUGUGAGGUAGAGUUGUACUCUACGGAUGUUGUAGAGCAUGAACCUGCUGGAGAGAGUCACUGCUUUUAUGUUUGCAGAUAACGACAGGGUGUUGUCCAGGGUCACGCCAAAGUUCUUUGCACUCUGGGAGGGGGACACUGUGGAGUUGUCAACCGUGAUGGAGAGGUCUUUGAGCGGGCAGGCCUUCCUCAGGAGGAAGAGCAGGUCUGUCUUGUCAAGGUUGAGCUUGAGGUGGUGGGCCUACAUACAAGUUGAGAUAUCUGCCAGGCAUGCAGAGAUGCGUGUCACCACCUGGGUGUCAGAAGUGGGGAAGGAGAAAUGUAAUUGAGUGUCAUCCGCAUAGCAAUGAUAGGAGAGACCAUGUGAGGAUAUGACAGAGCCGAGUAUCUUGGUAUAUAGAGAUAAGAGGAGAGGGCCUAGAACUGAGCCCUGGUUGGACACCAGUCGUGAGAGUACAUGGUGCAAACACAGAUCCUCUCCACCUCACCUGGUAAGAGCGGCCUGCCAGGUAGGAUGCAAUCCAAGAGUGUGUAGAGCCUGAGACGCCCAGCCCUGAGAGGGAGGAAAGAAGGAUCUGAUGGUUCACAGUGUUGAAAGCAAUGGAUAGAUCUAGGAGGAUGAGAACAGAGGAUAGAGAUGUAGCUUUGGCAUUGUGGAGAGCCUCCGUCACACAGAAAAUAGCAGUCUCGGUUGUGUGACCCGACUUGAAGCCUGUCUGGUUAGGGAGGAGGGGAUGGGGUCAAGUGAGCAGGUUGUCGGACGGCCGGACCUCACUAGUCGCACGAUUUCAUCUGGAUCUGGAGAGAGAAGGGCAAAAGGUCAAGGCCUAGGGUUCUGUGUGAGUGGGACCAGUGGACUCAAUAGGCUGAGUGAAUGAGGAGCGGAUGUCAUCAACCUUCUUUUCAAAGUCAGUUGACAAAGUCGUCCGCAGAGAGGGAGGAGGGAGGGGGAGGGGUGGAGGAUUAAGGAGGGAUGAGAAGGUGGAAAAAGUAUCCUAGGGUUAAAGGCAGAAGCUUGAAAUGUACAGUGAUAGAAAGUGGCUUUAGCAGCAGAUACAGAGGAAGAGAAGGUAGAGAGGAGGGAGUGGAAGGAUGAUAGGUCCUCCGGAAGUUUAUUUUUCCUCCAUUUUCACUCAGCUGCCCCCAGCCCUGUUCUGUAAGCUCGCGAUGAGUCACUCAGCCACGGAGCAGGAGGGGAGGGCCGAGUCGGCCGGGAGGAAAGGUGACCGUGCGAGUCAUAGGAUGCGGAAAGGAAGGAGAGUAGGGUUGAAGAGGCAGAUUUAGGAGACAGGAGGGAGAAGGAUUUAGCAGAAGGGACAGAUGAUAGGAUAGAAGAGGAGGGAGUAAUGGGAGCGAGAGUGUGAAGAUUUAGAUGGCGCAUGACCAUCUGGGUAGGGGCUGAGUGGUUAGGGUUGGAGGAAAGGGAGACAGAAAAGGAAACAAAGUAGUGAUCAGAGACAUGGAAGGGGUUCCAGUGAGAUUAGUAGGGGAACAGCCUCUAGUAAAGAUGAGGUCAAGCGUAUUGCCUGCCUUGUGAGUGGGAGGGGACUGGGAAUGGGUGAGGUCAAAAGAGGAAAGGAGGGGAAAGAGAGAGUUGGAAAGAAAUUAAUUGAAGGCAGACGUCGGGAAGUUGAAGUCGCCAAGUAUGAAGAGCGGUAAGCCAUCAAGGUGUCAAGCUCAUUGAGGAACUCUCUAAGGGCACCUGGUGGGCGAUAGAUGACAACAAUGUUAAGCUUGAGUGGACAAGUGACCGUGAUAACAUGGAAUUCAAAUGAGGAGAUGGACAGGUGAGAGAGGAGAAAAUAAAACAUCUCCACUUAGGAGAAAUGAGUAGCCCUGUGCCACUAAUGCGUCAACCAGAUGCUCUCACACACCAAGUAGGCUACUAGAACAACAGGCAGCACUUAAAGGAGAUGGCCCUAGAUAGCAAAAAGACAGUACUAGACAACAUCAGAUAAAGACAAAAAUUAUACUUAUCCCUCCUGGAGAUAUUAGGAGUCCUCUAGCUAUAGAAUGAAGGACCAUUACUUCACAACUGUCAUUACAGUUACCAUUACUUCACAACUGUUAUCACUGUUACCAUUACUUCACAAAUGUCAUCCUUGUUACCAUUACUUCACAGCUGUCAUUACUGUUACCAUUACUUCACAACUGUCAUCACUGUUACCAUUAUCAUGAUAAAUGUCUGUGAGACGACGUAGUUAGAUGAAGUUGUAUACUGAAGCGGGGAUGUUGUGACAAAUCCAGCUUUGAAUGGCAGUUGGAUCAAGUUGUUAGGGGAAUGAUUGGCGGUUGGAUUAAGUUGUUAAGAGCACAGCUUAUUCAAGAUGGCCCAAAUCACGCUGUGAUGUUACAAUGAUCUCCUCAGCUGGAGAGGAUUGUUGUGGAAACAGACACAGGCAUAGUUACUUCCUUUCCAUCUACAGACGCCAAUACAGUGGCUUGCGAAAGUAUUCACCCCCCUUGGCAUUUUUCCUAUUUUGUUGCCUUACAACCUGGAAUUAAAAUGGAUUUUUUGGGGGUUUGUAUCAUUUGAUUUACACAACAUGCCUACCACUUUAAAGAUGCAACAUAUUUUUUAUUGUGAAACAAACAACAAAUAAAACAGAAAACUUGAGCGUGCAUAACUAUUCACCCCCCCCCCCUCAAGUUGGAUGGUUUCCGCUGGUGUAGAGCAAUCUUUAAGUCAUACCACAGAUUCUCAAUUGGAUUGAGGUCUGGGCUUUGACUAGGCCAUUCCAAGACAUUUAAAUGUUUCCCCUUAAACCACUUGAGUGUUGCUUUAGCAGUAUGCUUAGGGUCAUUGUCCUGCUGGAAGGUGAACCUCCGUCCCAGUCUCAAAUCUCUGGAAGACUGAAACAGGUUUCCCUCAAGAAUUUCCCUGUAUUUAGCGCCAUCCAUCAUUGCUUCAAUUCUGACCAGUUUCCCAGUCCCUGCCGAUGAAAAACAUCCCCACAGCUUGAUGCUGCCACCACCAUACUUCACUGUGGGGAUGUUGUUCUCGGGGUGAUGAGAGGUGUUGGAUUUGCGCCAGACAUAGCGUUUUCCUUGAUGGCCAAAAAGCUCAAUUUUAGUCUCAUCUGACCAGAGGACCUUCUUCCAUAUGUUUGGGGAGUCUCCCACAUGCCUUUUGGCGAACACCAAAUGUGUUUGCUUAUUUUUUUCUUUAAGCAAUGGCUGUUUUUCUGGCUACUCUCGUGUAAAGCCCAGCUCUGUGGAGUGUACGGCUUAAAGUGGUCCUAUGGACAGAUACUCCAAUCUCCGCUGUGAAGCUUUGCAGCUCCUUCAGGGUUAUCUUUGGUCUCUUUGUUGCCUCUCUGAUUAAUGCCCUCCUUGCCUGGUCCGUGGGUUUUGGUGGGCGGCCCUCUCUUGGCAGGUUUGUUGUGGUGCCAUAUUCGUUCUAUUUUUUAAUAAGUGAUUUAAUGGUGCUCCGUGGGAUGUUCAACGUUUCUGAUAUUUUUUUAUAACCCAACCCUGAUCUGUACUUCUCCACAACUUUGUCCCUGACCUGUUUGGAGAGCUCCUUGGUCUUCAUGGUGCCCCUUGCUUAGUGGUGCCCCUUGCUUAGUGGUGUUGCAGACUCUGGGGCCUUUCAGAACAGGUGUGUAUACUGAGAUCAUGUGACACUUAAAUAAAGUCCACUUGUGUGCAAUCUAACUAAUUAUGAGACUUCUGAAGGUAUUUGGUUGCACCAGAUCUUAUUUAGGGGCUUCGUAGCAAAGGGGGUGAAUACAUAUGCACGCACAACUUUUAAUUAAAUUACAGGUUGUAAUGCAACAAAAUAGGAAAAACGCCAAGGGGGAUGAAUACUUUUGCAAGGCACUGUACAUACACUUAGCAUAAUACACGCCCACACAGACACCUAAAUACCCAUUGGUAACAAACACUGCACUCUUGCACACAAACACACCUACAGUUUCACACAAAAUACUUUGUGUGAGAUGAUAAAUCAGAGCAAAGAUAGGUUGCUCACACUGGUAGGUGGAGGACGCCUGUGAUGCAGAAUCUAACAAUAUAACAAGGUUAAUGUAAUGAAUACUCAGGGAGAAAAAGGUGUAGAUUCAUGCGCAGAGCGUGGCAGGUGUUUAUUACGCCUUUGCGGAAGGCAGGAAUUGUGGUCACAGGCAGGCAAUGGUCAUACACUGGUAGGAAAACAGGCAGGUGAAACAAAACUUGGACUGAAGGCUAAAACUGGUUCUCACAAACGAGCUAGGAAAAGGCUUAGUAGAGUCAAAACGAACAAUACCUCACAAGGCACAAACAGAAAGAACAGAACUAAAUAAGGAGCUGAUGAGACCAGGUGAGUAACUAACACAGGUGAAAUCAAUGAACGAAAAUGAAAUACAGGACUAUAUUCAAGAACACAAAGAAACAGGGCUACGUUCAAGAACACAAGGUGAACUAAGAAAAUAAAUACAGAACCUUACAGUUGGCGUUUAACAGCAUGCCAACAAACACAUUUAAAAGAGCCUUUCACCAAAAGAAACCUUCAGCCUUGAGAGAAUUCCACCCCUCAAAAGCUCUGCACACACAGAUACAUGCAUGAACACACACACAAACACACAUACAGACUGCCUGACCCAUCCAUUUUCUCUGUCUCUUCCUGCUCUGCCAUUUUCCUGGUCCAGGAUUGAGAGCUGCUGAGUGUUUGGUUAAGGGGGCUAUGGAGAGUCCCGAGCAUCCAGUGGGGGGCUGCGAUGAAAGGCCCUCUGAAGAUGACUCUCUAUGGGGGAUGGACGAGCCACUGAGGGUGGGCCACCGAGGCCAGAUGAGCCCUGACUGCUGCGAGGACAUGGAGGACACAGAUUCUCUGGCGUCUGAUCGUCUCCUCUCCCCCAGCUCCGGAGCAGAGGAGUCCAGCCACAGCCUCAGCCCAGCCUGGGCCCUGGCCUUCUAUGGAGAGGACUGUUUUAGUCAGGAUGUGGUGGAAUAUGGUAGGAACUUGGGACAGCACAGUGAGUCACCGUGCCUGGAGCUGAAAACACAGGUGGGUAACCUGGGUGGAAAAGCUAUUGGGCUUAAAUAUAAUAGACUAGCUGUGAGUCAUGACAGACCGUACAGAUACCAUGGUCUCAAUGUUUGGAAUAGUGCUUUUUUGGAUAUGUGUAAAUAUUUGACUCUCAUUUUAGCUCAUUUUAGAAGACAUUAUGUGGUAACGAUGUAUACUGUCUGAUACUUCAAAGAUUCAACAUGAUUAGUUACUACUUUCUACCAAAUGGUACAUAAUGAAAAAGGUACAUUCAUCUGAAAUAAACAAGAAGUAGUUAUUAUAUCAUAAUUAUGUAAUUAUCUUUUGUCACGAACCGGCUCAAGUUCGUAACAAAAAGAGCAAAGAGAGAGAAUACGGCAGACAGAGUGGGAGGGUCGUCACACUUGUAAGUCCAUAUAAAUGCCAGAGAACAAGCAGACUAAAAUAAAGCGAAAUCAUGUUUAAUGUUUAAGGCAAGUAGUGUCAUUGCCUAAGGCAGUUCUAAUUCUACUGUUCACUUAAUGCUCACUAUAUUAAAAGGACUCCUCUCUCUUUAAACAAGAUUUUAUCCAGGUAGUGUAUGUUGCAUUGCAGCCAAUGAUGAAGCUGUACUCGUUUCAUAAUGACAUUACAGUAAUGUCAAUUACAUAGGAGUGGCAUUUUUGAUAUAAAGCAUGCAAUUUCUAUUAGUCUCAUCCAUUGAAUGAUCCCAUCUCAUUGGAUUGAAUGAUGACCUAUAGUAGAGAAUGUACCACUGCCUUGCAUUUUGAGCAUGCACAAAAUAGUAUUAUAGACAUAAUUUAUUAUAAAUUACACUUUCAGUCAAACUCCAUAAUAUGUUUGGAUAAGUGCAUGCAUUUCAUGAAAAAGCUAUGAGAUUAUUAGUUAAAAUCAAGCAAAACAACAUUUAAUAGCUGUAGCAAAUCAGGGCAUAAUCAUGAUUUGAUUAUGCCCUGAUUAACUCAGUCACCGUGUCGGUGUUAGAUGUGCACCAUCUCUCACUUCAAAUGUCCUAUUGAUUUCUGUUACCAUAGUGAGGGAUACAAGGGGAGAGCCAGCCCUGUACAUAUAUUGUAGACUCUAAAGGCCCGUUUCCAUUGGCACUUUGAAGUCAACCCGGGUUGGGCUGGCCUUGGUGGACUAGCUCAAAUUAUGUUUCCACCACUGCCUCCAGAAAUGAGAAAUUAUGUCAUGUUGCUAGGUAGACAAUAUGUGACCAUGCAGCUGGCUUCGCAAAUGUUGCUAGCUACCUAGCUAGCAAUAUGUUAAAGAAUGUAAUUCCCCUAACCUUGCUGUAACUAACGUUUUCCCAUACUCAUGCCAGUGGCAGACAGACUCAGAGACAUGUAUUUAGCUUGCUAACAUUAGCUAGCUAGCGAAACAGUUAGCGUUGUCACUAGCAUAACAGGCUAGCUAGCUAGCGUAAUUCUUACCUUGCUUGCCAUGGCUUUGGCUAUUAGCUAGCUAACCAAGCAAACCAGAUGACAGGGUUUGAUAUGAUGUAGCUAUCUAGCUAGCUUUCAAUAUGACCUGACCUGCUAAAACUCCUGCUAGCUCACAUUAGCUAGCUAGCUAGUUUCAACUCUGAUUUGCUAGCUAACGUUAGGUAGCUAACAUUCGAGGGCUGACUGUUCUCAUAAAAGUUUCUGUAGUGCAAAAAUUAAUGAAGGAUCCAGCUAUGGUUGUAAUUCGUGUCAUGUCUGACUACUGCAGUGCUGAUUGUCCAUGUGCUAGCUAACAGCAACAAGCCCAGACGAGCUAGCUAAACGUGGUGUCAGCAUCCAGCAGUGAUCAGCUGGUGGUUGGAUAGUAACGGCAUCACCAGACCCGAAUUCUAAUCGAGCUGGCACCAGUUGUGAAACUGGGCUGCGCUGGUCUGGGUUUCCCUCGACCCAGCUCGAAUUUGAGAAUUCCAUUCGAACCAGCCCUAAUUUGGCCCUAAUUUUAAGUGCCAGUGGAAACGGGGCUUAAAAUGGUCUUCAUGUACUGUAUAUAAACCCUUGGGAAAAAGGGUUAAUAAUGGGUUCCUCGGCUGUCCCUACUAUGACAACAUUUUCACCUAACGAAAAACCAAACCUUUGGCAAAAAGGUUCUACCUGGGAACAAAAAGGGGUUUCCUACAGGGACAGCCAAAGAACCCUUGACGGUUCUAAAGUUUGCGAUCUGAAUGGCUUGGUGUCUACUUUAUGUAUUAUGCAUUAAAUGUUCUACUUGUAGGAGCUUCAACAGCAGCUUAUGAUUGAGACAAAGGAUCUGAAAAAGACCAGAAAUUUCUACCAAAAGCUGCUCCAUCAAGAGAGAAAAAGUAAAGGUACCAAUCAAUCCCUUAUGACUUUUACAAUUCCAAUUUCUACUAUGGGGUUGAUAAAUUGAGAAAUAACACAAUUUCAAUGUGUUUUUCUGCUGAAGGUUCAGAUGCUAGAUUGAUGCUGUCCAAACUCAAAGUCCAGCUUGAGGAGUUGAGGUCCAAAGUGGAGUUUCUAGACUCUAUGAAGAAAUAUCUUGAGGUGCGGACAGGUUGAAUAGAAAUAAUCCCCAAAUCCCCUAAUACUAACACAAAGCAGGCACACAGAUCCCUUGACUUUUUCCACAUUUUGUUACGUUACAGCCUUAUUCUAAAAUGGAAUUAAUAAAUAAAAAUCCUCAUCAAUCUACACACAAUACCAUAUAAUGACAAAGCGAAAAUAGGUUUUUAGAAAUGUUUGCAAAUGUAUUAAAAAUAAAAAACAUGAUUUGGAAAGGCACACACCUGUCUAUAUAAGGUCCCACAGUUGACAGUGCAUGUCAGAGCAAAAAUCAAGCCAUGAGGUCAAAGGAAUUGUCAGUAGAGCUCAGAGACAGGAUUGUGUCGAGACACAGAUCUGGGAAGGGUACCAACAAAUUUGAGCUGAGCUGGCCACGCGGCCAAACUGAGCAAUCGGGGGAGAAGGGCCUUGGUCAGGGAUGUGACCAAGAACCCGAUGGUAACCCUAACCCUAACCCUGUGGAGAUGGGAGAACCUUCCAGAAGGACAACCAUCUCUGCAGCAGUCCACCAAUCAGGCCUUUAUGGUAGAGUGGCCAGACGGAAGCCACUCCUUAGUAAAAGGCAAAUGACAGCCCGCUUAUGCCAAAAGGAACCUAAAGGACUCUCAGACCAUGAUAAACAAGGUUCUCUGGUCUGAUGAAACCAAGAUUGAACUCUUUGGCAUGAAUGGCAAGGUUCACGUCUGGAGGAAACCUGGCACCAUCCCUACGGUGAAGCAUGGUGGUGGCAGCAUCAUGCUGUGGGGAUGUUUUUCAGCGGCAGGGACUGGGAGACUAGUCAGGGUCGAGAGAAAGAUGAACGGAGCAAAGUACCGAGAGAUCCUUAAUAAAAACCUGCUCCAGAGUGCUCAUGACCUCAGACUGGGGCGAAGGUUCACCUUCCCACAGGACAACGACCCUAAGCGCACAGCCAAGACAACGCAGGAGUGGCUUCGGGACAAGUCUCUGAAUAUCAUUGAGUGGCCCAGCCAGAGCCUGGACUUGAACCCGAUCUAACAUUUCUGGAGAGACCUGACAAUAGCUGUGCAGUGAUGCUCCCCAUCCAACCUGACAGAUCUUGAGAUGAUCUGCUGAGAAGAAUGGGAGAAACUCCCAAAAUACAGGUGUGCCAAGCUUGUAGUGGCAUACCCAAGAAGACUUGAGGCUGAAAUCACUGCCAAAGGUGCUUCAACAAAGUACUGAAUAAAGGGUCUGAAUACUUAUGUAAAUGUGAUAUUUUAGUUUUUAAUUGUAAUAAAUAUGCAGAAACUUCUAAAAACCUGCUUUUGCUUUGUCGUUAUGGGGUAUUGUGUGCAGAUUGAUGAGGAAAAAAACAAUUUAAUCAAUUUUAGAAUAAGGCUGUAAUGUAACAAAAUGGGGUCUGAAUACUUUCCAAAUGCACUGCACAUCUCCCAUAUCUCUAAUUGUUUGUUGGUUUUGAUUGGUUGUUGGCUCAUAUCACUGAUUGGUUACUGGUUUCUGAUGGGUUGCUGGUUCAUAUACAGUAUUUGGUUGUUGGCUCAUAUCUCUGCCUGGUUGUUUUGGUCAGGUUCUGAGUGUGGAUCAGUGGGGUGUGGAUGUGUCCCUCCUUCCCUCCCUGGCAGCCUCUGGUCCAGGGAGCCCUCUGGAUCUCCAGCCCUCAGAGGAGCCUGCCGUGCUGGGAUUGGUGUCUUUGUCUGGGGCAGGGAGAGGGAAGAGCAGCCUGCAGGCCGCCACACCCCUGGGUCUCAUGUCCUACCUCUAUGCCAGGUAACACUAAUUAACUAUAUAUCAAGGUUACAGUAAAAGGUUUAGGUUACAGUAAUACAUGAACUAUUAAACCCAUGAGUGUGAUUAACAGUGUAUUAGCAAGUAUGGUUUAAAUCAGGGCUGUCCUAUUCCCAUCCUUGAGGGCCGAAACACUUCUGUUUUUUGUUUCUACCUGGUAGUUAAUUGCACUCACCUGGUGUCCCAAGUCUGAAUCAGUCCCUGACUAAUAGGAGAGGAUGAAAACCAGAAGUGUUUUGGCCCUCCAGGACCGGAAUUGUAGCCUCGCAAAGCCGCCUGAUCCUGCAAGCUUACAUAAAACGCUGCACGGAUAUCGUUUUAUGUAAGCUUGUGGGAUCAGGUGGCUUUGUGUGGCUACCGGAAUUGGGCAGCCCUGGUUUAAAUGGUGGCCCUCUACUGGUCAAUGUGUUAAACUGAGCACCAAAGUUUACUGUCCAUCAUCAUGCUUUUGAUUGCUGAGAAAAUGUAACAUUAAUUUAAACCUACAUAGGGCACAAUAAGACAUUUCUGUUUAAUUAUAUCUGUGUCCAAACGUGUUUCACUGUGAUUUGUCCUAAUUCUUAUAGACAUGUUGUGUAGUGAGAUCACUUAGAUAUUGCAUUCAACAAAUACCAAACUAAACUCUUUUCUAUCUCCUCCUCUGACAGAAAUGCUCCAUUGGAGGGUUACAUCCAACAGUUCCUGUACACGUACCGCUAUUUCUGCACCCCUCAAGAACUCCUUCAGUUCCUGAUGGACAAAUUCACCAAUGCAGCAGCAGCAGGGUAUGUAUGCUACUGUGGCAGAAAUAGAAACAGACAGACAUAAAACAAAAUGGAUUUUCAUGCUCUUUGGAUGGUGGCCUGACACCCUGUGUUGCUUGUAUAGAAAUAUAAUUAGAAUGUCCUUUCUAGUCGUUCUAUUUAUGUGGUUAUUUGAUUCUGUGGAAUUAGAAUGUCUGGUCUAGUAAUUAUAUUUCUAUGGUCAAAUACUAAUUGAGACAAUAUAAUUGGCAUUUGAAGAAAAUAAUAAGAAAAUGUAUGGCCACUUGUAGAAUAAAAAAGAAGCCAAAUUGGCAGUACUACUAUAACUGUCUUCCAUAAAGAGCCGCCGGGAAAACGUGGCGAGACAGCAUUUGCCCCAGUACUUUUCAAUCUGGUGUGGCGCCACCACACCACCUUCAAAGCAGCAGCACCGACCAGGCCAGUAACUUCUCAGCACAUUUCUGCAUCCUAGUUCAAAAUGUACCUGCUCUGUCGCAGUCCGAAAACUAUUGAAGACUACACGCAGAAAAGUUGUGCUAUUUGUAUUUGAGCAAUAUGAUUGGCCGUUCAUUCAAGCACCAAUACGCUUUUGAACCUGUGGUGCCACCUCUGCUUCCAUAACAUUAGCAUGAGGUCAAGUAAGAAAACUGUAAACAUGGGCCUGUUUAAACAAGGAUCACAUUUUUGCACAACUAAAAUUAUAUUGGCAUGGAAGCUGCCUUUGAAAAUGAACUAGAGUCUAUCAUACUUUUCAUAUUAAUUUUACUUCAAGAUAAUUUAACAAAAUGGUUUAACAUUGAUAACAUAAUUCAAAACCAGUAACCUGCGACUGGGAAAAGUCCAAAAUUAUUCCACCAUGUUUGACAUUUUAUGAAUUUGUUACUUUCUUGAGUGUAUGAAUCCAAAAUGGAAGUCCUUUGUUGCAAUAAUAGACUGAUAUUAUCAAAGUUUGAUUGAAUAGGGCCAUGCAAUUAAAUUUACCAUUCAGCUGGAUCCAGCAUUUCCUUGGACUAUAGCACCAGUUGUCCAUGGUUUCCUGCUAUACUCUGUUUGAUCAUUACAUCAUCAUUCAAAUAAAAUUGUAUUUGUAUAGGACGUUUUACAAAAGUAAAUUCAUAACACAUCAAUUUACCUGAAACCCACCAGAAAGAAUUAUACAGAGUUCUCGCUUUGCUUUCCUAACGGUGUUGUACAUAUCCUGCCUUUUUGUUCCCGUCUCCUGAGAGAAGAUCUCUCUGCCUUCAUUUGAUUUCUUCUUUAUGUUUUUUGUCCUGUUUUCUUUCUUUGUGGGCAAACAGUAUAUGCCUGUUCAGGGUCCCCUUGCGAGUUAAGCUUUUCCCACAUUCACCACAGCUAAAUGGUUUUUCUUCUUUGUGAGUCCUUAUGUGCAAGUUUGGGUCCUCUUGCGAUUGAAGCUUUUCCAACAGUCACCACAGCGAAAUGUUUUCUCCCCUGUGAGUCAUUAUAUGUUUUGUUAGGUUUUCCGUGUACUUUUUUCUCUGAGUGAAUCCUCGAGUGUGUCUGCAGCCUACCAAUCCCAAGGAAGCAUUUGCCACAGUCAAGUCAGCUUUGAGGUUUUUUAGACGUGGUGCGGGGUUUAGUGCUGGGUUUUCUCAAUGGUGUUUUGGGAUCCAAUGGUAGGUUGGGAUCCAAUGGUGGGUUGGGAUCCAAUGGUAGGUUGGGAUCCAAUGGUAGGCUGAUGUCAAGUCCUACUCGGUCGCUACUUACGGCUGAGCUGUGACUGGAGGCAUUGUUUUUGAUUAUCUGAAGGGUCACCGGGAAUGUCGAGACCCAGUAGGUGUGUCACAGUGCGAAAAAGGUUUGAGAUCCAAUGGCUUAGAGUCACUCUCUGUCAUCCUGAUCACAUUCCCUUUUCACACAGGGAGGAGUGAAAUCGAGUCUUUGGUGUAAAAAAUCCCUUGAAGCUGCUCUUCCUGCUGACUGGUCCUGAGUUUCUCCUUAAUCUGUGUGGGCUCUUGGUCCUCCUGCACCAGACUGGGUCUCCAUUCCUGCUCACAGUGCUGCUGCUCGUAACCUCCUCCUCAGAGACAGCAAGAGAGAACCGGAGGGAGUCUAUUCUACAUAGUUUUAUCUCCGGUGUGAUCUGCAGCAGUCUCCGUAACUGGUCAUUCUCCUCUUUAGAUCUACUGCUGGUACUCCGCUACCACUUUCUCUACUACCUCCAAAAUCUGUACGGCAACUGCCGUUAAUAAACACUCAUUCAAAAACACACUCAGAGACUGGAGUUUAGCCAUUUUGAGUGGACCAUUGAGUUGGGUACUCAGUUCAAUGGAUCUUUAGUUCACACAAGGAAUGUUGAAAAUAAAGACAAACCUGCCUCCAAUUCUAGUUCCGUGUUGUCCUCUUCUUUUAUGUUUUCAUCGGUUGUAAAGCCCAGAAUGAGCAACAGCAACGCCAGCUGGAUGGGUGUCUGGUCUGGAGUAGAUAAGAACAAAAAUGUGUACCCCUUGGAAUGGAUUGAGAAAUGUUGCUCUAGAGCGGGGGUGUCAUUCCAUGGAGGGCCUAGUGUCUGCUGGUUUUUGUUUUUUCCUUUCAAUUAAGAUCUAGACAACCAGGUGAGGGGAGAUCUUUACUAAUUAGUCACCUCAAUUAAACAAUCAAAUACAAGGGAAGAGCAAAAACCCGCAGACAAUCGUCCCUCCGUGGAAUGAGUUUCACACGUGCUCUAGAGGAAGUUGGAUUCUGGGCUGAGAUUGAUAGAUAGAUAGAUAGAUAGAUAGAUAGAUAGAUAGAUAGAUAGAUAGAUAGAUAGAUAGAUAGAUAGAUAGAUAGAUAGAUGGAGUUGCAGGCUCAUGUCUAGCACACAGAGGGAGAGAGAGAGGCUACAGACGCGUUUAUUUUUCACUACAGUAGAGUUGGUCUCAAAACAUGCAAUCUUGUCACAACAAAUCCAAGCCCAGGCCCGAAUCAAUUCUCAGAAUAUCAGGCCCGACCCGGGCAGAAAAUCAAAACUCUACUUUCAAGGGAAUUCUGAAAAGUAGCUGACCAGAAUUAAUUUUACUCUUUUGUAAUACUGACUGCUUUUUUAAUUGAAAUAAAAUAAAAUAAACACUAUGUCCGAGAGAGUAAAAGUAUUCCAAAGCUUAAAAUACAUUAGGCUUGAAUAUAGCUCAUUUUCACCUUAAAAACAUUGAAGAAAAUCUGUGUAACUACAAUGUCCGGUCUAGAUAUUCUAUUUAUGUGGUUAUCUGUGUGAUCUUCACAUUCCUUUUUCUACCAGAGGUGGUCCAGAUGUGUCAGGGGACCGUGCUAAGGUGUACCACCGGAGUCUGGACGUGCUGCAAACCUGGCUGACUGACUACAGACUGGUGGACUUCAGCCCCAAGUCCAGCCUGCUGAUGACACUGGAAAACUUCCUUACCACUGAAGUAAUUAAAGAGCUGAUCAAUCAUCAAUGAAUCACAAAAAAGCAAUCAAAUGAUAAAACCAAUCACUCAAGAAAUUAAUCAUCGGAUUAAUGUCUCAACUGAGACGUCAGGAAGACUAGCAGUUAAGAGCUUUGGGCCAGUAACCGAAAGGUCGCUGGAUCAAAUUCCCGAGUCGACUAGUUGAAAAAUCAAUCACUCAAGCAAGUAAAUUAAUCAUCAGAUUAUUGUCUCAACUAGGACGGUAGGUAGCUUAGCGGUUAAGAGCGUUGAGCCAGAAACCGAAAGGUUGCUGGUUCGCAUCCCCGAGCCAACUAGGUGAAAGAUAUGUCUGUGCCAUUGAGCAAGGCACUUAACCCUAGUUGCUCUGGAUAAGAGCAUCUGCUAAAUGACUAAAAUGUAAAUGUCAACUAAUUAGCUAAAUCUGUAGCAGUGUUGUUGCUGUUGUCUAUUUUUCAGUGUUUAGACAUACAAUACUCUUAAGGAAGGUUUUUGUAAUGAUCUGGUUCUUAUUUAGGUGUCUCCAGUAGACAGUAGAGGAGAGAGGCUUUUGACUACUCUUCAGAGCUCUCCCAGGAAGAGGUGGAGCCAAGGCUGUGGGAGCCCAAUCAGCAUGCAGCAGGAUGAUGAUGCACUGUCUGUCCAUACCUUAUGCAGAAAAUCAUCUAUUGAAUACUCUGGAAGGAAGGUCCAUAUAAGGAUUAUUAUGAGUGUACUAUUAUGUUGUUUUUCUUGCCAGAAACCAAAAAGCAUCUGAUUGGUCCAAAGUACGGGAAAGUUUGUCUGGCUCAAAAAGAAUCAAUUUACACUGAUAUGUAUUUAAACUGAUAGGGACCAUCAGAGCUGCGUUGUAUUCAUUACGUGAAUUAAUAUGUUACAUUAGCACCAAACUGAAAAAAAACUGACUGAAUCAAGGAGGGACUACCUGGACUUGUCCAAUAAGAACCACAGUUUGUGCCCUAAUGAAUAUGGCCAUGGUAUAUACAGUGCCUUCAGAAAGUAUUCAUACCCCUUAACUUAUUCCACAUUUUGUUGUGUUACAGCCUGAAUUCAAAAUGGAUUAAAUAUUUUUUUUCUCUCACCCAUCUAGACAAAAUACCCCAUAAUGACCAUGUGAAAACAUGUUUUUAGAGAUUUUUGCAAAUGUAUUGAAAAUGAAAUACAGAAAUAUCUCAUUUACAUAAGUAUUCACACCCCUGAGUCAAUACAUGUUAGAAUCACCUUUGGCAGCGAUUACAGCUGUGAGUCUUUCUGGGUAAGUCUCUUAGAGCUUUGCACACCUAGAUUGUACAAUAUUUGCACAUUGUUCUUUUUAAAAUUCUUCAAGCUCUGUGUAGUUGGUUGUUGAUCAUUGCUAGACAGCCAUUUUCAAGUCUUGCCCUAGAUUUUCAAGCCGAUAUAAGUCAAAACUGUAACUAGGCCAAUCAGGAACAUUCAGUGUCAUCUUGGUAAGCAACUCCAGUGUAUAUUUGGCCUUGUGUUUUAGAUUAUAGUCCUGCUGAAAGGUGAAUUUGUUUCCCAGUGUCUGUUGGAAAGCAGACUGAACCAGGUUUUCCUCUAGGAUUUUGCCUGUGCUUAGCUCUAUUCUGUUUCAUUUUAUCCCCCCCAAAAACUCCCUAGUCCUUGCCGAUGACAAGCGUACCCGUAAAAUGAUGCAGCCACCACCAUGCUUGAAAAUAUGAAGAGUGGUACUCAGUGAUGUGUGAUGUGUUGGAUUUGCCCCAAACAUAACACUUUGUAUUCAGGAUAUAAAGUUCAUUUCAGUGUCACAUUUUUUUGCAGUUUUACUUUAGUGCCUUAUUGCAAAAUACAUGUUUUGGAAUAUUUUUAUUUUGUACAGGUUUCCUUCUUUUCACUCUGUCAUUUAGGUUAGUAUUGUGGAGUUUUCUCCUAUCACAGCCAUUAAUCUCUGUAACUUUUUUAAAGUCACCAUUUGCCUACUGUUAAAAUCCCUGAGCGGUUUCCUUUCUCUCCGGCAACUGAGUUAGGAAGGAUGCCUGUGUCUUUGUAGUGACUGGGUGUAUUGAUACACCAUCCAAAGUGUAAUUAAUAACUUCUCCAUGCUCAAAGGGCUAUUCAAUGUCGCUUUGUAUUUUUUUACCCAAUUGGUGCCCUUCUUUGCGAGGUGUUGGAAAACGUCCCUGGUCUUUGUGGUUGAAGCUGUGUUUGAAAUUCACUGCUCGACUGAGGGACCUUACAGAUAAUUAUAUGUGUAUGUCCCCUGUAGCUCAGUUGGUAGAGCAUGGCGCUUGCAACGGCCAGGGUUGUGGGUUCGUUUCCCACGGGGGGCCAGUAUGAAAAUGUAUGCACUCACUAACUGUAAGUUGCUCUGGAUAAGAGCAUCUGCUAAAUGACUAAAAAUGUAAAAAUGUACAGAGAUGAGGUAGUCAUUCAAAAGUCAUGUUCAACACUAUUAUUGCACAUACAACUUAUUAUGUGACUUGUUAAACAAAUAUUUACUCCUGAACGUAAUUAGGCUUGCCAUAAUAAAGGGGUUGAAUACUUAUUGACUCAAGACAUUUCAGCUUUUCAUUUUUUUAAUUAAUUUGUUAAAAGAAAUUCUAAAAACAUAAUUCCAAUUUGACAUUAUGGGUUAUUGUGUGUAGGCCAGUGACACUAAAUCUAAAUGUAAUCCAUUUUCAAUUCAGGCUGUAACACAACAAAAUGGGGAAAAAGUCAAGGGGUGUGAAUACUUUCUGAAGGCACUGUAUGCAUUCAUAGACAGAACCUUUCUAAGUUGAUGUGUCUCUGUAGAGCUUUCAGUGGAGGGUAUCCAGGGUGGUGGAGCCCCAGUCGACCGAGCCUAAAGACAAGGCCUACUCCAUAGCAGCAGCCCUGCCCCGACCCUACUACACCUCCCUUAUGGAUGACAUCUCCAGUGCCUGCCUCAGAAGUGAGGAGAGACACCCCUUUAGUCAGAGUGAACACAGCGCCCAACACACGGCACAGCAACUCACUCUACUGCAGCAGGUUAACGCACUGACAUGCCCACCAAAUCAUCCUGCAGCAAGAUCAACACAGACAUGCCAUUUCUGCCUCUCUCAUGCAUUCACACUCACCCGCUAAACCACAAACACAUUGUCAUUUAUAAACACUAGGGGGAGACAAAUCACUGCUUUGUGAAUUUAAAGCAGAUUCACAGACCUACAGUAUAUAUUUACAUUUACAUUUGUGUCAUUUAGCAGAUAAAUGUGUAAAAUUAUCUUUUGGUCUGAUUUUUUUCUCCAAAUUCAGGAAAUGUUUCAAGGCUGUCACCCAAUUCAUUUCCUCAACUCUAAAGCUCAAGGAGUCAGGGACAAAGUGGUUAGUGUCACCAAGUGAGUAAAUAUUCCCUUUGGUCUAAAUAUUUCAGUGGCUUUCUAGACAGAUUUGUUUAAAGUAUCAAAUGAGUAUACCAGAAUGCAUAAUCUGAAACCAUUAUCACUUGCUAGAUAAUGAGACGUUAGUGCCAGUCAGCUGUUGGAUCCCUGACAAUAUCUGUGACAUAAAAUAAACCUUUAAUCUACAGCCCAGUCUCUAGUCUGACUGCCUGUCUUCUCCCACAGACAUGCAUCACACUCUGUACCUCCAGCAGAGGGCAGCAGUCUAUUUGUUAAUGAAGGGACUCCACAUGACAGCCACCUCCAACAGCUACUGAGAUAUGCUGACAGCGUCUCCAAUUGGGUCUCUGCUGAAAUCGUCAUCUGUGAUUCGAUAAAGGUGAGAUCUACUAGUAAUAAGGCUACAACUCUGUUGGACAUUACGGUUUGAUCUCUAUAUCGAUGUGCAUCAUUCAUUCAACACACACACACUAAUAUUCAUUUAUUUUAAUUCUGAAGGUCAGUCAUUGUCCAUUGAAUCUAAUUACAUGAGAGCCAUCAGAUGCACUUAUAUGAUGUAUCCUAUGAUUUCUAUAAUGAUUUGUGUGAAUGAAUGACCAUCGAAUCUCUCCUCUUCUUUUCUUGCUGCAGACCCAAGCGACUUUGCUGGCCAAGUUUCUCCUAAUUGCCAAACACUGCUAUGAAUCGAGAGACUUUGCCACAGCCAUGCAGGUCCUUGGAGGCCUGGAGAAUGUGAUUGUCAGGCAAUUACCCGUAAGUCUGCAUACCUGCAUCUGAAAUGGGUCUCUAUUCACUACAAACUGUAAUGCAAAACUGUAGUAGUACUGUAGUACUUUUGGCCAGAGACAUUUCGGAAUCACCCCGUGAAAGAAAUCAUUCUACACAAACAGGUGGAAUGUUUGAAAAGUAACGUACCUCUUAGGCCCUUAAGGGAAAUGUCUCUUUAAUCUGCUGUAUGGGAACCAGAACAUCAGAAUGUAUGUGUUUAAAUAAGCUGUAGGAGGAAGUAACAGGAAACAUGAAGUGCAACAAAAACGCCCAAUUUAAUUGUGUAAGUGUAACAACUGAAAUUGAUGUAUUCUUGUUGUUUCUCCAUGUUCUAAUAAUACUCUACCUGUUGUAGUCAAUGUUGAACUUUACGGGACUAAAGCUUCUGUAAGUGUGAGACAGAUUUAUUGGUUCUUGCUAAAUGAAACACCUCUUCUCUUGCCGAUAGGCUUGGAAACAUCUGUCUACCAAGGUGUGUCAGGUCCUAGAGGAUCUGCGAGCCGUGCAGGUGAGGCGUGUGUGUGUGUGUGUGUGUGUGUGUGUGUGUGUGUGUGUGCGCGCGUGUCCUCUGCUCUACCAGAGAUGUGUGGGGCUUCAGGCAAAUAAACCGAAAGAAAAACACCUUCAAGCAGCACACCUGUGUGUGAAAUUCUGUGACACACUCACAGCUGGCCAGCAUUUUGUUAUAUGACUUUUUUAGUGAUUUAUUUAAAUCGUGCUACCAGACAUCACACCGUAUUCACAUUUGAGAAUGGCUGAAGGCUAUAUCGAAGGCUAUAUUACAUUACACUGGUGUAAUGUACUUAAGUAAAAAUACUUUAAAGUACUACUUAAGUAGUUUUUUGGGGUAUCUUUACUUUACUAUUUCUAUUUUUAACAACUUUUACUUUUACUUCACUACAUUCCUAAAGUGGUCCUCUGUAGCUCAAAUGGUAGAGCAGGGCCCUUGUAACGCCAGGGUAGUGGGUUCGAUCCCCGAGACCACCCAUACAUAAAAAUGUAUGCACGCAUGACUGUAAGUCGCUUUGGAUAAAAGCGUCUGUUAAAUGGCAUAAUAUUAUUAUUUAUUAUAAAGAAAAUAAUGUACUUUUUACUCCAUACAUUUUCCCUGACACCCAAAACUACUCUUUAAAUUUUGACAGGAAAAUGGUCCAAUUCACGCACUUAUCAAGAGAACAUCCCUGGUCAUCCCUACUGCCUCUGAUCUGGCGGACUCUCUAAACACAAAUGCUUUGUUUGUAAAUUAAUGUCUGAGUGUUGGAGUUUGCUCCUGGCUAUCUAUAAAUUAAAAUAAAUUAAAAUAAAUUGGGCCGUUUGGAUUUGCAUAAUAUAAGGGUUUGAAAUCAUUAAUACUUUUACUUUUGAUACUUAAGUAUAUUUGAGCAAUUCCAUUGACUUUUGAUACUUAAGUAUAUUUAAAACCAAAUACCUUUAGACUUUUACUCAAGUAGGAUUUUACUGGGUGACUUUCACUUUUACAUGAGUCAUUUUCUAUUAAGGUAUCUUUACUUUUACUCAAGUAUGAUAUUUUAGUACUUUUUCCAACACUGGCUAUAUAGAACCAAACUUGAUGGAAGAUAUUCUCAAAUAACAUACAGUACACAUGCCAACCUUUUCAAAGAUGAGGGAUUUUGCCAAACUUUAUCGUUUAUUUUUUCAUUCAAUCAAUAUUAUAAAUCAAGGGAAGAGUCAGACAUCUGUUUGUGAAUGCUCUUUCUCUCGCUCUCUCUCUUUCCCUCUCUCCCCUCCCCCUCCCCCUCCCUCUUUGUCAGGUCUUUCUGAAGAGUGAUAACCUGUGUCUGAUGGGAGGAGAACAUGUGAGGAGGAGACCCACCCUCCCUGCUGCCCACAUCCUGGCCAUGCACAUCCAGCAGCUGGAGAUCGGAGCCUUCACUCUGACCAGUGGCGCCUACAAGUGGCCAAAACUCAGGUGAAUUAACGUAAUGCAAUUUCUCGGGGCCGGUUUCCUGGACACAGAUUAAGGUCUUGGACUAAAAAGGGUGUUUUAAUGAGAAUCUGAAUGGAGUAUUUGAAAGUGGGUUUAAAUCCAGGACUAGGAUUAUUUUGGGUCCGGGAAACCGGCACCUGGGCCUGUAUUCACAAACUGUCUCAGAGUUGGAGUGGUGGUCUAGGAUCAGUUUAGCCUUUUAGAUCAUAAUGAAUAAGCAGGUAGCUUAGUGGGUAAGAGCGUUGUGCCAGUAACCGAAAGGUCGCUGGUUCUAAUCCCCGAGCCGACUAGGUGAAAAAUAUGUCGAUGUGCCCUUAAGCAAGGCACUUAACCCUAAUUGCUCCUGUAAGUCGCUCUGGAUAAGAGCGUCUGCUAAAUGUAUAAUACAUUUAAAAAAAUAAAAAAUAUUAUAUGGACAGGGAAAACCUGAUCCUAGAUCAGCACUUCUUCUCUGAGAUGCUUUGUGAAUACACGCCCAGGACUAGGUUUAAUCUGGGUCUAGAAAAUCUUGUAGCCUACACUAGGCCUAUACACUCAAAAUACUGGCCUAUAGCAUUCAUUUGCACGUAUGUACAAUUGAGAUUAAUUCUGGUCACCUUUGCACUGACAGAGAUAUCAACCUGACACUCAUUGUUAAACGGCAUAAACUUGAGAUUAACUUUCUUCCGCAAUGUAACGAAGUGGGCCAAGUUGCCACCAAACAAGUUUCCCUGUGUCCUUCUACCCACUGAAAUAUGGCGGCCAGAUGCUUGGGUUCACAGAAUGUCACGGUGGACGAUAAUGACACAGCUGCUUAUUCUGUGGCAGUCGUGUAGGAUUUGGGUUCCUCUACUAAAGCUAGCACACAGCCAGAUGGUGUAUCGGGGAUGCGGUGUGAUUUUAGGAGAUGUGGCAUGCCAGGUGCUCCGAGACGCAUCGAUGUUGACAGAUGCUGGGGUCAUAAGGGUCACGGUGAGAGGCAGCGUCACAGCUGGUUAUGAUAGACCCUAGGUUCCCCGACUACUCUGGAAAUCAGGUCACUUACUGUACUGUAUAUGGUGCAAGUGUUCAGUAAAAUGGUGGAAAACCAAGAGUAUGUUUCUGCCGAAGAUGAACAGUAACAAACUCAUUUUUCUAUUUUUCACUCUCUCUGUCUUGUUCUUCAUCUCCAUGGUGGCCCCAACUUCCACCUCUGCAUUUGUCCUUAUUUCCUGUACUUUCUUGUCGCCCAUCUUUACCACUCUAUCUGCUUCUUUCCCCCCUCUCUCUCUAUCUUUAUCACUCUCCUGCUCUCUCCUUCCUCACUCUCCAGGGCCAUAGCGAAGGUGGUGAGUCAGGUGCAUGCGUUCCAGGAGACGGUGUACUCCUUCACUCCUGA